AUGGUUCAAGAGCUGGGACCUGGUGCCUUGCUAUUUAAGAUGGACAUUAAGAAUGCCUUUAGAUUGUUGCCAAUUCAUCCAAAGGAUUUUGAUCUGUUAGGUUUCAAAUUUGAAAACAACUAUUAUUUUGAUAAAUGCCUUCCUUUUGGCUGCAGUAUAUCUUGCAGCACAUUUGAAAAAUUUUCUACCUUCCUCGAGUACCUUGUGCGGAAGAAAGCAAAUUCAAAACAUGUAUUACAUUAUUUGGACGAUUUUUUGGGCGGUGGCCGGGCUAGCACGAACGAAUCCCAGGACUUGCUUAACAAAUUUAUUUCAUGCAUGAGACAACUUAAUGUUCCAUUGGCAGAAGAAAAAACAGAGGGACCAAUUGAAGUUCUAUGUUUCCUUGGUCUUGAACUUGAUUCAGUUAACAUGGUGGUACGCAUACCAAUGGACAAAGUCAAGGAAGCAGUUAUCAAGAUUGAACAUAUUCUGUUCAAAUCAAGGGUAACACUCCGCGAGGUGCAAUCAGUAAUAGGUUUGUUGAAUUUUGCUUGCAGGGCAGUCGUGACAGGCCGACCAUUCUGUCGUCGUUUAAUUAAUGCAAUUUGCGGCCUGUCAAAACCACAUCAUCACUUAAGGGUAAGUGGAGCAAUGAAGGCCGACCUUCAAAUGUGGUUAACAUUCCUCAAAGAUUUCAAUGGGGUCUCAGUCUUCCAUAAGCAGUUCUGGUCCACAAAUAAUCAGUUACAAUUAUUUUCUGACAGCGCUGAGGGAGAAGGUCUCGGCUUCGGUGUCUACUAUGCGGGACAAUGGGCAUGCGCUAAAUGGCCCACCAAGUGGCACACAUCUGGCUUUACACAGGAUAUUACAUUCCUGGAAAUAUUUCCAAUCUUUGUUUCACUUAAGAUAUGGGGCAAGAAUUUAUCUGGUUCGAAGUUGUGCUUUAACUGUGACAACAAAGCUGUGGUGGAUAUAGUCAAUUCCAUGACGUCUCGCAACAAGAACGUAAUGGUUGUCUUGCGCCUAAUUACCCUUACAUGUUUGGAACAUAACAUUGUUAUUAAAGCACAGCAUGUGCCAGGUACUGACAACAAUAUUUGCGACUCGCUUUCUCGUUUCCAAUUUCAGAGGUUUCGCCAAGUAGCACCGAAUGCAGACGUAGACCCGCAGCCAGUUCCAGACGAGAUCUGGAGCAUAUGGGCAAUGUAG